AUGAAGAAGAUCAUGAAGCUCUCUUCAAUUACAAUGGUAGUUACUCCCCUACUUCUUAUUGUAUCUGGUCUUGUCCAAGCUAGGACCGAGCCUUUUCCUCCACCACCAAUACCAGAUUUCCAAACCAACUCUAAACCGAUUAAUAAACCACCGGUUUUUCGAACCGAACCAAUUCUUACCCUACCAAACCAGCAUGCGAAGAAAUCAGUGGAACAAUUCCCAAUCCCAAUUAUUUGUCCUCCUGGUCUCGGCCAUUGCAUUCCUCCAAAACUUGACUAG